CCGGCCCCGCUGGCGCCGCCCGCAGCUCCCGCGGCUCCUCUGCCUAUUUUAGUCACAGCCGCGGCUCCGUCAGCCUCGGGCUGUUGCCGUCCUGUCCGGGCGGCCCGGAAAGUUUUCCGCGGGGCAGCAUUGUUUCGUACGAAGGGUGGGUUUGGCGUUCGCCCGUCGGGGGCUGAAACGAAGCUGCGGAGCGCAGAGCGGGGCUGCGGGCUGGCACUGCGGGUCCGUCUGUGAGCGCUGGAAGCAGAAGGGAGAGGCAGCCCCCGUCCGCUCCGCUGCGGGCCGCGCUGCCGCGGGGGAAGGUUUUCUCCUCGUGUGGAUACUUUGUUGACUAUGAAGAAUGAACGUGUUGUUGCAUUUUCUCUUGGGAGUCUCCAAGAUGAAUACUACAGCAAUGAGCCCACUCACCGUUACUCCACUAAGUUUUGUUCCAGACUUAAAAAAUUCCACCCUUGAUCCUCUCAAUGAGACUGCAUGUGAAAACUGGAAAGAGAUUCAUCAUCUUGUUUUCCACGUGGCAAAUAUUUGCUUUGCAGUUGGACUGGUUAUUCCAACUACUUUAAAUCUUCAUAUGAUUCUUCUGCGAGGCCUGCUCACCAUAGGAUGUGCACUAUUCAUCAUUUGGGCUACACUCUAUCGUUGUGCCUUGGACAUAAUGAUCUGGAAUUCUGUGUUUUUGGUUGUCAACCUUUUGCAUUUCAUAUACCUAGUGUAUAAAAGAAGACCGAUCAAGAUAGAGAAGGAGCUUAGCAGCCUCUACAAGAGAAUGUUUGAACCUCUCCAUGUGCCUCCAGAGCUCUUCCAAAGACUAACUGGACAAUUCUGCAACAUUCAGACUUUGAAGACAGGUCAAGCCUAUGCAGCAGAAGAUAAAACAUCAGUUGAUGAUAGGCUAAGCAUCCUGCUGAAGGGGAAAAUGAAGGUGUCUUAUCGAGGGCAUUUUCUGCAUAAUAUUUACCCCUGUGCCUUUAUAGAUUCUCCUGAAUUUCGAUCAACGCAGAUGAACCGGGGUGAGAAAUUCCAGGUCACCAUUAUUGCCGAUGAUAACUGCAAGUUCCUGUGCUGGUCCAGGGAGCGGCUGACUUACUUUCUGGAGUCUGAGCCAUUUCUUUAUGAGAUCUUUAAGUACCUUAUUGGCAAAGAUAUUACAAAUAAACUUUAUUCAUUGAAUGACCCAACCUUAAAUGACAAGGCCUCAAAGAAGAUUGACCGACAGCCCAGCCUUUGCUCCCAGCUCUCCGUGAUGCAGAUGAGGAACAGCAUGGCCAGCACCAGUGACAGCGAGGAUGGCUUGCAGAUGUUUCUUCGUGGGACCUCCUCUGCAUCCUCUCUUCGCCCAGGCCGCACAUCUCCUUACCUGAGAACUUCAGCAAAGAUGAAGCCCAUAGAAGAAAGUGUUGAAGAUGAUGUCUUUGAAGCACCAUCUGCUGAUAAGCUUGAGCUCCAGCGGCUGCCUUAAACAGUUGUGUCCUCAGGUGUAUCAGAGCUUGCACAAAGCUCCAGUGCAACAGGAAAGAGCUGAAUUUGGGAGGAAUCUGAAAGCUAAGCCCACCUCUCCAUGUCUGAAUUUACUGCAGCAUAUGCCAGUGGUAUCUAGAUGGAAAUGUCAUGUUUUAUUUUACUUCUAAAUAAAAUAAAAUAAAUUAAAACUC